UUAGCCUGGGUCUUUAGCCUGGGUCAGUGUUGCAGACUUUAGCCUGGGAAGCCUGCCCGGCAACAGAUGACGCUGCAGGUCAGGUGACAUGCCUCUGGUUUUUAGAGCGGCUCUCAGGGAAACGCUCUCAGAGUUCUUGAAGUAAACAGAGGAUCAUGGCUUCAUCCUGCCUCUGCUUCUGCCUCCUCUUCAUCAGCGUCUUCCCCGCAGAUGGAUUUCUGCACUAUAUGACUGCCCGCUGUGAGUUCUCCUCCUCUGAGCUGAAGGACAUCGAGUACAUCCAGUCUUACUAUUACAACCGGCUGGAGUACACCAGGUUCAACAGCAGUGUGGGCUAUUUUGUUGGGAAAACUACCUAUGGUGAGAGGAACGCAGAGUUCUGGAACAAUGAUCGUUCAAUCCUGGAGCAGAUGAAUACAGAGAAGGAGAGAUUCUGCCAGCAAAACAUUCAGCUUGAUGAGCAGUAUAACCUGGCUUACUCAGGUCUGGGGAUCAGAUCUCCUGCGUGGUGGAGCACGUCAGCCUGGGAGAGCCUCUGGUUACUCUCUGGGACCCCUCCAUGUCAGAGUCUGACAGGAACAAGAUAGCCAUUGGAGCUGCAGGACUGAUCCUGGGUCUGACCCUAUCUAUGGCUGGGUUCAUCUACUACAAGAGGAAGUCCCGAGGACGGAUUCUGGUUCCCAGCAGCUGAUCCUGGUCGCGGUUCCCAGCAGCUGAUCCUGGUCCUGGUUCCCAGCAGCUGAGCCUGGUCCUGGUUCCCAGGAGUGGGUCCUUGUCCUGUUUGUGUCUCUCCAGCUUCAUGUGCUCUGCUGGUUAUGUGAUAAUCUGAGCUCUGAUAGUCUGCCGAUCUGAACCCUGAUCCAGGACUGUCUGACAGCCCUGGACCAGGAUCAGUCUGGACUCUGCUUCGUCUCCAUGUGGACCCAAUAAUUACAGCCUCUUAUAUCAUCGCUAUGUUUUUAAAUCAAAGUUAUCGAGGGGGGGUGAUGUGAAACGUGUUCAACAAUAAAGCUUAAUAAAUAAUGAAGACCA